AUGUUUAGAGUCUCAGCGUACAACACAGUUACUGAGAGAUACGCUCUAGCGAGCCAAGCACGCACGAAGCUGCUUCGCUGCGCUUCCCAAUCCAAAAAGAGCGAUCUAGACCUCCGAGUGCUGGUAGGCCACGCCAACCUGCUGGACAAGGUGAUGGAAACCCUGCAAGAAGAAGACGGGUCCGGUGAAAGUGACGACGAGUGCGAGAUCGAGCCCGUGCAAUUGACUCACGAUCUCAGUAACGACGAUCGUAGUUACGUGGUGGGAGAACAACACGUGACGUUUUCCUUGCCUUCCGUUCCUGUGCAGACGGUGCACGAAUAUAACAGCGAUAGUGAUAGCGACAGCGAGGACGACGACGAUGAGCCCCUUUCAAGUAACGACGAUGACGACGACUAUAGUCUCAGUGAUCCUGAGGAAGAGCUCAAAAUGCUAGGCCGUAACACUCAACUUCGCAGACCGGGCCAUUACACGCUGGCGAGUGAUGGAGGAAUGAUGAAGAUCUCAAAUGGGAACCUGCUGCUCGUAUCCAUUCCUGAGGAGGAUGAAGAGCAUACUCUGGAUAUUUCUUCUCCCCGUCAAAUGUCGCAUGGGACAGCAGUAUGA